AUGGCUGACACACCCAAGCCAGCGGACUCGGCACCGACACCAGCCACUGAGCCAGUAAAUGAUAACGAAAACAAGAAAUUGUCUAACAAGGAGUUGAAAGAAUUGAAAAAGAAAGAGAAAGCUGCCAAACGGGCUGCGCAGAAGGAGGCUAGCGGAAUAACAGCAGAACAACAACAACAGUUGACUGAACAAAAAAUUGAAAAGAAGAAACUGAAGCAAGCCGGUUCUGGCACUGCUACUGCCUCGAAUUUGAAGAAGCAGUUGAAUCAAACAAAGAUCAAGGAUGAUCGCAAGAUCCCACAUCUAUUUGGACAUUUGGAGACAAGAGAACAGAGGAAUGCCUCAUCUCCUGCCGUGUCGCACAUUGUGCACCCUGCGAUCCUUACUUUGACAUUGAAAUACUCAAGUUAUAGUAUUGUUGGGUCUGUGGCAAGGUUGACCAAUAUGCUUCUUGUAUUCAAGCAAGUUAUCCAGGAUUACAAGACUCCUGAGAACACCACUUUGACCAGGCACCUUACAGGGCACCUUUCGCACCAAAUUGAGUAUUUGAAAUCGGGACGUCCUUUAUCUGUGUCUAUGGGUAAUGCCAUCAGGUGGCUUAAACAGGAAAUCUCACACAUUUCGAUUGACACGUCCGAAAGAAAGGCAAAGGAGAUCUUGUGCCAGAAGAUUGACGAUUUCAUCAGGGAGAAGAUUGAGUUGUCUGAUCAAAUCAUUGUUGAGUAUGCUUCAAGCCACAUCAAUGCCGGUUCGACGAUUUUGACUUAUGGCCACUCGCAAGUCUUGGAAGAGCUUUUCGAGUACUGUGCAGUUGAACAAGGCAAGGAGUUUAACUUGAUCAUUGUGGACAGCAGACCUCUUUUUGAAGGUAAAAAGCUUUUGCGAAAUUUGGCGAAAAAACAUGUCACAACAAACAAUGAUGGCACUAAAUCGGUUCCAAUUACCCAAAGUCGUAUCAAAGUCCAUUAUGUAUUGCUCAACUCGUUAUCAUCUACAUUAUUGGAGGAUGUUGACUGUGUGUUUUUGGGUGCACACGCAAUGUUAUCCAAUGGUCGUUUGUUUGCACGUGUUGGUACUGCCUUGAUUGCAAUGAUGUGUCAUACUAGAAAUAUUCCUGUCCUUACAUGCUGUGAGUCAAUCAAGUUUUCAGAUAAGGUGCAGUUAGACUCGGUGACAAACAAUGAGCUCGCAGAUCCCGAUGAUUUGGUUGUCGACACCAGCAGCAUGGAGGCUCCUCGCAAAAAGUCGUUUGCAGUUGAGCAAUUCUUGAAACAAAUUAAACAAGAGCAGAAUGACAAGAAAGGUGCUUUUCUGUCAAAGGGCAAGUCUACUGGUGAUCGUAAGGAUGGAAGUGAAGCAGAAGAACGAGAAGAUGAGCCAUUGAAGGAUUGGAAGAGUAUACCUUCAUUGAAUGUGUUGAACAUCAUGUACGAUUUGACACCUCCAGAGUAUAUAAACAAAGUAGUUACCGAGGUGGGCUCGUUACCUCCAUCAUCGGUUCCUGUUAUAUUGAGAGAGUAUAAAAGCACGUAG